AUGAGAGAAGAGAGAAGAUUAGAGAGAGAGCUUAGAGAGAGAGAGAGAUUAGAGAGAGAGAGAAGAGGAGAGGUAGAGAUAGAUAGAGAGAUAGAGAGAGUAGAGAGAAGCAGAAGUUUGAUUAGAAGAGAAGAGAUAAAGAAAGAAGUAGAUAAGAGAAGAGAGAGAAAGAGAAGAGAAGAGAAAGAGCAGAAGAGUAGUAGAGAGAAGAUAGAAGAGAGAGGAGAGUUAGCGGAUAAAGAUAUAGAAGAAGAGAGAGAUAGAGAGAUUAGAGAGAUUAGUAGAAAGAAAGAUAGAGUAGUUAAUAGAGAGAAGCAGAGAAGAGAAGAGUUAGUCGAGAAGAUAGAUGAGAGAGAGAGAGAUCAGUUUGUAGAUAGAAGAGAGAAGGAGAUAGAGAUAGAGAUAAGAGAGAGAAGAGAUAGAAGGAGGAGAGUAGAGAAGAAGAGGAGAGAGAGAGAGAUAGAUAGAGUAGAGUGUAGAAGAGAUAGAGAGAGUGAGAUAGAGAGAGAGAGAAGAGAGAGAGAGAGAGAGAUAGAAGAAGUAGAAGGGGACAAGAAGGAAGUUAGUGAAGGAAAAGGAAAAGGGAAGGGGAAAUUAGAGAAGAUAAGGGAAGAAAAGAAAGAGAGGAGAGGGAAGGUAGGAAUUAACAAAAGUAGGAAAAGGAUUAAGAAAAGGGUUAAAGAAGAGAAGAUAGAGAGAAAAGAGAAGAGAGUAAAGGAGAUAGAGAAGAGUAGAAGAGUAGAAGAGUUAGAAGAGAAGAGAAGAAGAGAGAGAAGAGUAAAUAGAAGAAGAGAUAGAAAGAAAGUAGAGAAGAUAGAAGAUAAGAAUAUAUUAGAAGAGAAGAGUAGAAGAAAGAGAAUAGAGAAAAGAAAUAGAGAAGGAGAGAUAGAAAGAGAAGAGAAGAAGAAUAGAGGAAGUAGAAAGAGAGAGAAAGAGAAUAAGAGAGAAGAUAGAGAGAAAGAAGAUAAAAAGAUAGAGAGAGUAGAGAGUAAGAAGAGAAGAGAAAGAAUAGAAAAAAGAAAAGAAGGAGAGAGGGAAGUGAAGAAUAGAGAAAGAGUAGAGAGAGGUAGAGAAGAAGAAAAGGAGAAGAGUAGAGGUAGAAGAGAAAAGAAAGAAGAAGAAAGAGAAGAAGAGAUUUAG